AUGGCCUUCCCCAUCGUGGACUCGCACAUCCACCUCUUCCCCGAAUCCCACCUCCCCACAUUAUCCUGGCAUACACCGGGGUCCAAUCCGCUCGGCUCCCAACACUCAGUCGACGAAUACCGCGCGGCAACGAAAGAUUCCACGUCCCUGCGCGGCUUCAUCUUCCUCGAAACAGACCGCCUCUCGUCCGUCGAAGAGGCUGGACCGGACAAACAUGGCUGGGGACACGCCCUGGAUGAAAUCUCGCUGCUCGCGCGGAUCGCGAGCGGGAAUCCUCUGCCCGGGGAGGGCCACAGCUCUGAAGACCGCGGUCUAUGCUUGGGAAUAGUCCCCUGGGCGCCUGUGCCUGGCGGACCGGAUGCGCUGGAGAAGUAUAUAGCGUUAGCUAAGGAGAGGGCCGGGUCAGACGAGGUAUGGGGCAAAGUGCGUGGGGUGCGAUACCUGGUGCAGGAUAAGCCGGCUGGAGUUAUGCUGCAGCCUGCAUUUAUUGAGGGGCUCAAGUGGCUGGGGAGGAACGGCUUGACCUUCGAUUUGGGUGUCGAUGCCAGGCAGGGCGGGAUUUGGCAGCUGGAGGAGGCGGUUGAGCUGAUGCGGAGGGUUUACGACGGCGUUGAGGAGAAGGAUAAGGUGACCAUUGUGAUCAACCACCUAUGUAAGCCGAAUCUCCGUCUACCGGCUACAUCCACAGACGCAAUCACCACCCAUGCCGACUUCAUUCAGUGGAAGUCCCAAGUCACAGCCAUGGCGCAACAUUCAUCGACAUAUAUGAAGCUCUCCGGCGCCUUCUCAGAGCUCCCGCCCCUCUCUAUAGAUUCCGAGCUAGACAUUGAGUCUCUGGUGGACAAGAUUCAGCCGUGGACAGAUGUUGCCUUUGAUACCUUCGGCCCUGAGAGGGUGAUGUUUGGCUCCGACUGGCCUGUCUGCAAUGUGGGAGGUGGUGGCAAUGCAGUUACCUGGAGCCGUUGGAGUCGAGUAGUCGCAGGUGUUUUGCAACGGAGAGGAUUAAAUGAAGCGCAAAGGAGGGGAUUCUGGGGGCAAGUCGCUGUAAAGGCUUAUGGCGUGACACUAUGA